CUCUUUGUAGUGACCAAUGUGACUGGCUCCGCCCAAAACGAGAAGCAAUACGGUCGGUGAGCUGCGAGUCGUAGCGCUAUCAAAUUAUGUAGAUCCAACGCACGUUUUGAAAUCUGUGUGAAGUGUUAUGAGUUUUACUAUUGCAUUCCUGCGUUGUUAGCGUUAAGGAUACUGGCGUGCUAGUGAAGAGGAAGUUGGCGUUGGCGGGAUAGCAGUAUACCUGAGAUUGUGAGCUUAUGUUCAGAAGGUAGGCAUAAAAAGGUUAUAAGGGCACGCAAUAUUAAAGGGAUUGCGCUGUUGAUGACGUAUAUUUGUCACAAUGAAGACAUUUAUGUAUAUAUGCAUAAAUAAAGCAUAUUAUAGUAAGCUUUAUCACUGAGUAAUAUUGUAAAAAUAACAGAGUCAGGAGCCUGGACCUGGGCAGUAAAGAUUGUAAUGCCGUACUGCAUGCGAGCUAUUUGGUAAGAAGCGCAAGUACUCAGCCUGCUGCCAUGGUCCGAAAGUGCAGAGGGGGGGGGGUCACAAAGACAGCUUCUCUUUAAAAGUUUACUGCGCCACCAAGUGGCGAGAAACUUACCAAUAUGAAAAAAAACUUUACCUUCGUGACUCGAACGUCCGCAGCACGGGACAAUGCUGAGAUAUUGCGUUUGGUUAGAAGCACACAAAAAGCUUGUUUGUGCCAAGAAAGUUCAGGAGGCUACUUGACUUCCGGGCCCACCAUCCUAGCACGAGUGAUAUCAUGAAUGUGAACGGACCGAUGACAAUCAGUGUCGCCUCGUCCAACGCAGUUUGGCACAAGCGUGUAGAAGAAUCAUUUGCGCCUGCGCCAUUCGACACUGCUGUGCUGGAGACGACGUACAGAGCGCAAUGUGGAUCACCAGUGCCUUUUCCGCGUUCAUCGUCACUUCACUUCAGUUUGCCGUCGAGCAGUCAGCAACUGCAGCACAGGGGCAUACUGGAACCGGGAAAACGUGUGAACAUACUGACGUGGCAAACUGCCUUGUACGUGGCAUAGGAGACUUUGUCGAGAAAUUGCAGUCACCAUCGUCGAAGCUGAAGCAGUUCCACGUCUCAUAUGACGACAUGUGCACGCCCCAGCACCUGUCAGCAUGCAGGCGUCAGCACAACACGCAAAGCUGCACAGACGAGGCGGAACGUGCGCUAGCCCAUUUAGAGGCGGGCGUGUCAUCUGCUUUGGGAGUGUUGUGCGCGAACAACGGGAGCCUCUUACACAACAUUGUGGAGGGACUGUCGUGCUGGGAGGGAAACAGCUUCUUCGAGUGCAUCAGGAAGAAGAACGUGGCCUCCUCGAGCGAAGGCUUCUUCGAGGGGCGCCUUGACAUAUGCAGGCGAGGCAGUUCUUUCAUGUCCAACGAUCGCAGCCUUUUGACGGACGUCUUUCGACAGUGCGCAUUGAAUGACGUCAGCCGCCAGCAGAGGUGUGCAGAGAAGCCAGAUAUUAGGGGCAUUCGCCAGCUUGAAGAUAUCGUUGCUGACGAUGUCCUGUGUGCCGGUGGCGGGCGCCCGAGAUGCGACACUCUGCUCUCUGUCACAAUCGGCCUGCUGGCCUUUCUUGUGCCAAAUAAAUGCCAGUGAAAACUGCUUCUUUCACUUCGA